AUGAAGAAAAAUCAAGUCAAAUCUAAGAAUUCAACAACAACAGAAAAAGUUCAAGGGAGAAGCCCUAUUGUGCUAAAAAGAGAACAACAAAAAUACCUUCCCGAUCAUCCGAACAGAAUUAAGGUUAACGGAGUUGACAGUGGAGGACAAUCAACAUCAUUUGGCCAAACCUCACUCUCGGAAGUUAAAUAUUGGUAUUAUAUGUUUAAUGAGCGAUCAGGUCUUGAUGAUCCAUCUGUACCAUUAUAUAGUAGUUUUGCUUCAGAUUUUAAAUUUGGAUCAAUACGGGAAAAAGUUAUGAAUAAGGCAAACGCAACAACUCAAGCUCUACAAAACUCUAAAUUUAAUCCUGAUCAACAUUUUACUAAUCCAAAACACAAACGAAAGAAUACUUUCCCUUCUACCCUAAUGAUAUCAGGAUCAUCAGCAAUUAAUUCUGAAAACAUUGAACCUAAGGAACUUCCAGCUUCUCUAUCAUCCAGACAAAGCUACACAUCCAAUUCUUCUGUAAAUAAUAUUCCUUCGAUACCUACAAACCUAGUCAGACCAUCUUCGGCGUCUAUUUCUCUAAGAAAGAAGGCAGCAAGUGUUUCUUUGCCAGUUAGACCUAUGAGUGCCAGAGUUGGUAAAAGUACAAACAAUAAUUUCAUCUCGAUCUCAGUGAAUAAUCCUGCAAAUGAGAGAGUUGUAUAUAAUUCACCCGAAAAAACUAGAUCCAGUCUUGAUUUGGAUGAGAUAGCUUCUAAUAUUUCACAAGUAAGCAAAAUCGAAUCCAUAUCUUCAAGCAAAUCCCCUUACAGCUUUAACACCCCACCAAUUCCAAACAAAACAUUCAAACAAUCAACAACAUCGUCCAAUACUAGAAAAGAGUUGUCAGAUAGUAUUGCUCGCCCAACUUCUGCAAGAUUAUCUGGAAGGAGUGAGUUUACUCCCCCUCCAGAUAUUGCAGCAUCAAGAGUAGAUAACUCUAAAUUACGGAUUAGACCUCAAUCUUCUUACAACUCAAACCAGAACAGAUACACUGUUCCUCAUAGACCGCAGUCAGCGUCUGUAUUGACAUAG